AUGGCGAUGAUGAGAGAGAGCAGCGGCGCCGGGAAGAAGAAGACGAUGCAGGGGCGGAAGAAGAUCGAGAUCAAAAAGAUCGAGUGCUUGAGCAGCCGACAAGUCACCUUCUCGAAGCGGCGCUCGGGGCUGUUCAAGAAGGCCAGCGAGCUCUGCGUGCUGAGCGGCGCCGAGAUCGCCAUCAUCGUCCACUCCCUCGGCAAGCGCCUCUUCUCCUUCGGCCACCCCUCCGCCGACGCCGUCGUCGAUCGAUACCUCGGCGGCGGCAAUAGCGACGCUGCGGAGGUGGACACCAGGGAAUUUAACCGCCACUACUCGGACGUGUCGAGGAAGGUGGAGGCGGAGAAGAAGCGGAGGGACGUGAUCGAGGAGGAGAAGAGGGCGGAGGGAGAUGUGUUGUGGUGGGAUGAGGAUGUGGAGGGGGUUGAAUUGGAUGAGCUGGAGCAGUACGCGGCGGCGCUGGAGGAUUUGCUGAGGAAUGUCGAGCUUAGGGCUAACGAUCUCGUGAUUUCGCACUCGCUGCCCAGGGUGAUGAACCCUAGCGCGGAGGGGCUGUUUGGGGAAGAGAAUAAGUUGGGGGAGUAG